AUGUUUGACCGCUUCUCUCGCGUCCCACCCAUUCCCCGAGGGUUCCUUUAUUUACAUCAUUUUGCGGUUUACGAAUGGUAUGUAUGGCUGAAGCGGAAAGUUUCGGAUAUUCGUAAAAGCGCCAACGGCAUAUUUUUCUUCUUUUUCUUGGAAUUGGGGAUAGAGAGCCUUCAACUUGAAGGUAUCGGAACUCAACCUAUUUCCAAUGAACAGCAGCAAUCAUUGCUACAGCAACAACAACAACACCUCGGAUUUCCGUCUCCGGCUUACGCAUUCGCUUAUAAUCCAAGCCCUUAUCCACAAACCGAACAACUGCAACAAUAUAAUAUUGCCAGCUCUACAUCAGAACAGUUCCGUGAACAGACUAAUGACCUUACACGUGUCACGUGUUAUCAACAACAAGCUAAUGUUCACGUUCCGAAUGGACGGGAAUACCUGAUGGUUACCGGUCGACCACAACCGGUUUUCAUGCAACAGUUAUCUCAACAACAUAUUCCCUCAACUACUUCCUUGCAACACCAUCAUCAACAACAACAACAGCAACAACAACAACAGCAACAGCAACAACAACAACAGCAACAGCAACAACAACAACAACAACAACAACAACAACAACAACAACAGCAACAACAACAACAACAGCAACAACAACGACAACAACAACAGCAACAACAUCAUAGCAUGGUUGCAGAUGCUAGAAGUGUUGAUACCGAAAUGAGUACGUCAUCAUCAACACAAGCAAAUAUAAGUGAACAACGUGGAGUUAUUCGUAAAGCAGCAUGUUCAAGACCUAAACCAAUGAUAACGACAUGUCCAAUGAAUGGACAAUUGAUGCAUAGCAGCAAUCAAACAUCUCAUACUGUUAAUUAUCUUGAUGUCUUUUGUUCAGUGCCGGGUCGGCUAAGUUUGCUCAGCAGUGCGGCAAAGUACAAAGUGACGGUAGGUGAAAUUCAUCGACGACUUUCACCGCCGGAAUGCCUUAAUGCAUCCGUUUUGGGUGGAAUCCUUCGCAGAGCGAAAUCAAAAGAUGGGGGCAAAUCGUUGCGCGAUCAGUUGAAACGAGUUGGUUUGCAGUUACCAGCCGGAAGACGGAAAGCUACAAAUGUCAAUUCGCUUACAGCGCUUGUUGAAUUUGAAGCGAUGCAUUUGGCAAAAGAUUUCAAUGCUGUCUGCGAGAAUGAAUUUCCUGCUCGAGCAAUUGCCGAACAUUUAACACGCGGAAAUUGUUCAAUGGAACCAUUGGAUAUGCAACGACGAAAGAAUAUGCUGUUGGCAACGAAAGCAACUUUAACUGAAUUGAAAGAAUUGUUGAGCAACGAUCGGAGCCCAAUAUGUUCCUCAAGGCCACAGCCAAUUUUGGAACCCAUCGUACAAAGUCGAUUAACACAUUUUUCAAUGGUUACCCACGGAUUCGGUUCACCUGCCGUAUUAGCUGCAAUUAAUGCAAUCAUGAAUUGGUUAAAUGAGUCAAUCAAAUUGCUCGAUACAAAAUGA